CACAUAAAUCUCCCAAUGGGGGCUUAUUUUAAGCGGAAACGUACGCAUAUCUCGUUUAAGGUUAAAAAAAAGAAAACUUUUUUCACUCUCACACUCUUCCCUUCUCUCUCUACACCUUCACCUCCGAGCUGGCUAAUAUCCACAUACAUCGACCUUCGUCAGGGCUUAGGUUGGUUCAAUCGAGCUUCCCGCGUGAUCGAUCGCCAUCUUCUGACCCGAUCUUUGCUCCACAUAGCGAUUGAGAACAAGGAGUAUGCAAAGUUUUGCAAACAUGGGUUCAAAUUCAAAGAAGAACUUGAGUUUUGUUUUGCAGGUACUUAUGCUACUGGUGCAUAUCGAAUGACAUCUUCAAGUGGUGUGAUACCUCCUCAAAAUACAACAAUGGGGCAGGAAAAUCAGAACUAUAUGGAUGCAGAUGGUUUGCAUACGUGGUUUGAUGAUGAUGCCUAUGUGCCCGAGCCACCCUUGAAGGACCUAAACCUUGAUAACAGCCCAGUAAGAGUGGUGGAUGCAAUGCAUGAUGAGGUUUUCUCUACAGCUACUUCCCCACCAAAAGUUCAGCAAGUGACUCCAUCACAUACAAGUGGUACUUUGGGGAAAAGGUCAUCUCAGAUGAGUAGUAGUAGGAUUCCCAAGAAGCGAGCUACUAACAAGGCGGAUGAUAUAAUGGUUGAGCUGGUACAAGCUGUUCAAAGCGUGGCUGGGAAAUUAAAUGCACCUUCACAUGGGUCUAGUAUGGGAGAUGGUGGAUGGCAAAGCCAGAAUGAAAUCGCUUUUGGAAUUCUGAAGAAAAUGAGACAUGAUAUGCACAUGAGUACAGAGUUGUUCUUAUUUGCAGUGGAUCUGUUACGGGACAGCUUUAACAACGUAUUCUUUAUCACAUGUGAUGAUGAACUGCGAUUGCCAUUUAUAGAGAGGAAGUACGCUCAAUAUCAGCAAGGGACAAACAUGGGCGGACUGGAAUCUAUUAACGUGGAUGGUGAUGAUGAUAGACAAGCAGAACGUGAAUGGGUAGGGCGGUUUGUAGUCAUUGUGAGUGCAACAGUAGCUGCCAUGUACUAUUACAGACGGCGUGGAUCAUAUAUUGAUAGGGUUUCAUGUAGGACUUCAGCUUUACAGGGUUCUAAUUGGAUAGCAGAAAUUUUGAGAGGACACCCAGCUAGAUGUUCUCAACUUUUCAGGAUGAAGAAAGAAAUUUUCAGAGAGCUAUGCAUAGUGCUAAGGGACAAUUAUAUGUUACCUACAACGAACGAUAUUGGAAUACCGGAAAUGGUUGCUAUGUUCCUCUUCACUCUGGGGCAAGGUGCUGGUAAUAGACUAUUGCAAGAAUGCUUUCAGCAUACAGGCGAAACCAUUAGCCGGCUUUUCAGGCAGGUUUUGCAUAGUGUCUACCUAAUGUCAAUGGACCUUAUAAAACCGAGGGAGAACCAAUUUGAUACAGUACCGGCUAGGAUUAGGAAUGACCCCAAGUAUAGUCCAUUUAGGAACUGUAUUGGUGCUAUUGAUGGUACUCAUAUUCCAGCUAUUAUCCCCAAGGAUGAGAGAGGUCGGUUCAUAGGGAGGAAAGGAUUCACUACACAAAAUGUGAUGGCUGCGUGCGACUUUGACAUGUUGUACAUUUUUGUCUUGGCUGGGUGGGAGGGAUCUGCACACGAUGCACGUGUAUUUCAGGAUGCAAUUACAGAUGAAUCGUUACACUUUCCACAUCCACCUCCCGGAAAGUAUUAUCUAGUCGAUGCGGGAUAUCCUAAUAGGAUCGGUUAUCUUGCCCCAUAUAAAGGUGAAAGACAUCAUUCAUCUCAAUUUCAAAAUGGACGCCAAGCAUCGGGACCUCAUGAGGUAUUCAACCAUGCACACUCAUCUCUUCGAAAUGUGAUAGAAAGAACUUUUGAGGUGACAAAGAAUAGGUGGCCGAUACUGAGAAAUAUGCGUUCCUAUCCGUUCCCGAUUCAAGUACAAAUUGUGAUAGCGUGCAUGGGGCUUCACAAUUUUAUUCGAUUAAGGGUGACAGAUGAUGAGGAGUUCAUAGACAUGGACGAAGAACCAAGUAGUUCUGAAGAAGGUCCUAGUGGCGAUGUUGUUGUAGGGGAUUCGGAUUUGCGUGAUGACCAUACAAUGACGCGUGUUCGGGAUAUUAUUGCAAACAAACUUUUCCGUAAAAGGAAGCGUCAUUGAGAUUGUAGGAAUAUGUAAACCAUAUUUAAGUGUUAAGUAUUUGUUGUUGUGAGAUUGUAAUUUAAUACUCACUAUUUAUUUAAUGUAUGCGUAUUUGGAAAACAUAAAUUACAUUACUAUUAAAUUAAUAAUUAUAAA